UUUUCAGCCGAACAUUACAACUCAUUCCUUCGUGCUUCCUCAGUUAAAACUUAUGAUCCUCAAUCAGUGUUUGAAAGUCGCUCGGAGUAUAAACUAGUCGGGCAUUCGCGUGUCAUACGAAUGGACAGCGUUUAACACUUUUAAAUGCGAACUAAUAGAGUCUGGCUUAUUUAUUGAACCGUUUAAAAAAGUGUUACACUAUGGCGGAUGGGGCUUUGGUCUUCGGAGCGAAUCUAAACGCGAGUUGUUUGACCUCUCGAGCAAAGAAAGUCAACAACAGCAGCAUUUCAGUAGCAGCGAACAUGAGGAGAAAGACGCGACAGAGCAACAGAAGAGACAUUCACAACCGGGUCGUCUUGGAGAAGGUCCUGGGCAUCACUGCCUCCAGCAGCAGUGCUUUAACCUGUGACCCCAACACUGGUUUGGUGGCAUAUCCUGCAGGUUGUGUAAUUGUCAUCCUGAGCCCAAAGAAAAACAAGCAGACUCACAUAUUUAACACAUCCAGGAAAACCUUCAGUGCCUUGGCUUUCUCGCAGAAUGGAAAAUAUUUGGUCACUGGUGAGACGACGUCAGCACAAUGCUUAUCGGUGAGCGAGACGUUUGUUUUCUGUGGUUGUGCAGAUGGCACAGUGCGCGUGUUCAGCCCACAGGACCUGCGUUACAUCACCACACUGCACCGGCCGCACUGCUUGGGAGUAGAUGUUUCUCAGGGCACCCAGCCAGGGCAUUUGUUUGGCGCAAACCCAGAAGCACAGUAUCCAGAUACGCUGGCUUUAACCUUUGACCCUGUGACCGGGCACUUGACGUGUGUGUAUAAUGACCACAGUGUGUAUGUGUGGGACGUGCGGGACGUGCGGAGCGUAGGCAAGGUCUAUUCAGCUCUGUACCACAGCGGCUGUGUGUGGAGUGUGGAGACCUACCCCGAGCUUGACGAUUCAUCUGCGGCAUGUUUGUCACCCGGCUCUUUCCUCACCUGUUCAUCCGAUAACACCAUCCGCCUGUGGAAGAGUGAUUCAGGACACGGCCUUCGCCACAACCUUUACAGCCAGGACAUCGUAAGGAUAGUGUAUGUGGAUGAUGACACGCAGUACCUCAAAGCUGAGGCUGAGAAAGCUGAGGGAGCAAGCCAGGAUGGUAAAUCUGGGAUCAGGGUGCUGGGAAUCAGCCCAGAAGGCCACCAUUUGGCCGCUGGAGACCGCAGUGGAAACCUGAGAAUCUUCGGCUUGCGGUUUAUGGACGAGCUGCAGAAAAUCGAGGCUCAUGAUUCUGAGGUUUUGUGUCUAGCCUUCUCCCCUACUGAGACCGGUUUGCAUCUGUUGGCUUCUGCGAGUCGCGAUCGGCUCAUUCACAUCUUUGAUAUGAAGAACAAAUGCAAUUUAGUGCAGACAGUUUAUGAUCAUUCGGCCUCCAUCACUGCCAUCAAGUUUACAGGUGAGUUCACAGUAGAUAAACACUUAAUGAUUGGAACCUCAACCAAGACCUCGGAAGGCUUGAACUUCUCACGAUCACAUCACAUAGUGGAGAAGAGCACACUGUAUGAUAUGGACCUCGACGCCACACGCGCGCACACGGCCAUUGCGUGCCAAGACCGUAACGUUAGAGUGUACAAUGUGCAGAGUGGCAAGAUGAAAAAGUGUUUCAAGGGCUCCUUGAAUGAUGAUGGGACACUGCUUAAGGUUCAGUUGGAUCCCUCUGGGAUGUUUCUGGCCACCAGUUGUUCAGACAAAAAUAUCUGUAUCUUUGACUAUGAGUCAGGCGAAUGUGUAGCCACCUUAUUUGGACAUUCGGAAAUUGUUACAGGUAUGAAGUUCAGCCAGGACUGCAGGCAUCUGAUUACAGUCUCUGGCGACAGCUGUGUGUUUGUGUGGCGAUUGGACUCUCAGAUGACCAACUCCAUGAGGAAGAGGCUAGCAGAGAGGAAGCAGCAAGCAGGUCUGACAGUUCAGCAGGCCCCCAGCAAACAGCAAGCCGUCAGGAGAGAGACCUACAUCACUGUACCCUGUAAUGUGUUGCCUCACAUGGAGGAGGAAGAGGAGGGCAGCUUCAUGCCAGAGGAGACUCCAGAAGAUGGUGUGGAGGACUGCAGAACUCCAGACAGGCUCGAUUCCACUGAUGCAUCUGUGGAUUCUUUGGUGCUCCAAACCAAUGGCAAAAUGCCUAUGUGGGUUCGUAGACUGGGUGGAAGAGGUGAAAAUGAUGGUGGUGGCGUAGCUAAUACAUCUCAGUACCAGCCACAGGGACGCUGGGCAGUGCAGUCAGAUCCACUAGCCAUCCGCACAGUACUGGAGAUGAAGAGCAUGCAGCUUCCCCUCUCACACACUCCCAGCAGAGCCGUGGGAGAGGAAGAGUUUGAGGAAGACUCUCGCUUUCAUCCUCAGAGUUUCGACAGUCUGCUGGAUGAAGAUGUUGAUGAUCUAGAGGAGGAGGAGGAAAAGAUUUGCAGUGAUUCCCGAGAUGGAUUUAGCUCUUCGCUCCAAGGGCCAGAUUUUCUGCAAUUGCCACAUGAAGAGGAGAACUUCCAUCCAGAGCUCAGCUCACCAGACAAGACCGGCUACAUUUUGUACCCAGCAAACAGCACUGCUCUGUCCACUGGAGAAGGAGAGUUUGAUGUUAAAGCUCUGUGUGAGGGUGCUGGUGAUGACCCAGAGGAAGAGGAGCUAAGUCCAGAUAGUGCUUGUUCGGCUGAGAGUCCAGCCUCCCAUAGCGACCAGCCCCAUGACCAGGACACAGACUCCCUCAGUCAGGUGAGCUCCACAGGAAGCUCAGGAGUUGAAGAGGAUGAAGAAGAAUCUGGAACUUUGCUUCACCAACAUUUUGACUCUCUGGGUGUGGCGGCUAAUGAAAAGUUCAACACAGACUUGAGCAAUCUGCAGCCCACAACAGAGAGUAACUUCCUCAAUCCUCGUCUCAGCAUCUCCACGCGCUUCCUCUCGCGCUUUCAGAGCCGCUUUCGCACUAUUGGGACUAGUGGCAGUGCUAUUUGCCGGCCUGCAGCCUACCUGCCCAGUAUACCAGAUGAAUCCAGUGAUAGCUGUUUAACCCUUGAUGGAGCAAUGGUUCUUUCAAACAACAGUGGAAGCAUUGAGGAGAACGAGAAAAGUGUUACCAAGAAACGUUCCUCAGUGGCUGCUCGGAAAUCUGGCCAAAGCUUAUCUUUUUUACGCUGGAAAAAUGCUCUGGGAGAAAUCACAAACAAGAGCAUUCAGUCCAAAGCUCACAAUUCUGUCAACACUACAGGCAAUCUCACCACCAAAUCUACCAGCAGUGCACGUGACACAUCUGUAACGCGCUCCCGCCAAAGCUACAUGGGUCCCACCGCAAGCUCCCGAGCAAAGAUAACCCAGAGCAACUCUGUGGAGAGUUUGAACGCGUGUACAUCGGAGGAAGUGCAGUUAAACGCCCCGUCUUCGUCUCUGGACCUAAGUGUGGAGCAAAGCAAAGAGAACAUUGUUCCUCCUUCCUCUUCAGUUCUCUCCUCUGGAUCGUCUCAUCCGACACCAGCUCUCUCUACUCCUGCCUUGGGUAACCACAUUGCCCGGGCAGCUCUUCGAUUGGACCUCGUUGGCCCCAGUCGUGCCAGUUUGUCACCGGUGUCACUCAAGAGCUGUCUAGGGAAAGUUGAACGUGCUGAGUCUCCGCGUCGACAGGCUCUGGUGACACCCACAGAGAUGCGGUCACUGGGCAAGGAGUGUCGGAAACAGAUUGUUAAUAUUGAGCAGAGUUUGGUUUCUAAGACUUCAAGCAGGUUCUCAACUGGGUCUGAAGUUUUUGCCAGGAACUCCACGGUGUCAGAAACCAGUCAUUCUGUGGUUGAAGACCUGCAGUUUACAGAGUCAUGUGGGAAUACACUGGCUACCAAUCAGAGUAACGCAGAAGAUCCUACAGAAAACAACUGCGUUGGAGAGGACACAGGAUUUUCUACGGAGUCACUGAGUGUCCAGAUGUGUAAGGAGAUGGUGAAUGAACUCUGGCAGACCAUCCAUAAAGCAACUGGCUUUUAUAACAAGUUGUGCUCCGUCCCGGAGCUGUCGGAGCAGCAGGAGCAGAUGAAGAGUGUUUUGCUGAAGGUGUUUGUGGGGGUACAGAGUGAGCUGAACUCCCUGUGCCCACAAGAGACGCGCCCCUCGCCCCAAAGCGCCCGUCCCGUACCGGAGGACUCUCCCGGCCGUCAGCUCCGGGACGACAGGACUGUGGCCCUCCUGGAGAAGUAUUCAGAGAUGCUCUUACUGCGAAUGACUGAAAAAGGAGCACAGGCCACACUGGAGUAACUGCUCAGCUUCCAUCAUUUGAUUGGCAAAAAUGAACUUCUAAUGGCAUAUCCAUAAGCAUCUUUAAACCUUAAUGUCUUCCAUUGGUUUUAUGUUUUUAAAUAAAUAUUUAAAUGCGUAUUUAAUCCGCCCCCGUUU